AUGGCUCCUGAUGUGACAUACACAUCUACUAGCAGCAAGGUAAUUGAUACCUCAGUUCUGCCAUCUAUAAGUUGGAACAAGUGUGUCAAUUCAUUUGCAAAAUCAUACGGGGAGUUACUUCCCUUCGGAAAUCUGAUCGAGGUAUUCGUUCGACGAUUGUUGCAGGUUGUAAUGGACAAUGGAUAUGUUCAAGUCACCAUAUCCAGGCCUGGGGGACAUGUAACAGGCAUAAAAUACGGUGGAAUGGACAACGUGUUGGAAUCUACCAACUCAGAAACUAACAGGGGGUAUUGGGAUCUGAACUGGAAUGAGGUCGAUGGAUCCGACACAUAUGAUGCACCAUCUGCAACUCAAUAUAAGGUAGUGGAGUCGAAUGGUGAUAAGGUUGAGCUUUCCUUCACCCGACCGUACGACUCAAGUAGAUCGCCAGCUAUGGUGCCUCUGACAAUUGACAAAAGGUUUGUCCUGGUACGAGGCCACUCAGGGUUUUACACCUACGCCAUUUACUCACGAUCUUCAGGAUGGCCUGACUUUGACAUGGGUCAAACUCGAGUUUGUUUCAAGCUUCGCGAAACCGAUUUCCACUACAUAGCACUCGCUGAUAACAAAAUCAAGCUGAUGCCUGAGCCUUCCGACUUAUCGGAUGCUCGAAGCGAACAACUAGCAUACAAAGAAGCCAGGCUUCUUACCAAUCCAAAGAAUUCAGCUUUGAAAGGACAAGUCGAUGACAAGUAUCAGUAUGCUCUAAACAACAGGGACAACAAGGUCCACGGGUGGGUGGCCAACGAGUCCGAUCCAGUUGUUGGAUUUUGGAUGAUCACAGCUAGCAAUGAGUUUCGGAAUGGAGGUCCGACCAAACAGGAUCUUACAUCCCACUCUGGUCCUACUUGUCUUGGGUUAUUGUUGGCUGCGUCCCUGGCCCAGAUGUUUCACAGUGCACACUUUGCUGGUAUAGAGCUCUGUCCUCAAUUUCGAGAUGGCGAGUCUUGGAAGAAGGUCUUCGGUCCAGUCUAUGUUUACCUCAACAAGAAGGCUGCUGGAACCGCAGUUCGUGCUCUCUGGGACGAUGCCAAAGCAGAGCUGAAAAAAGAACUUAAUGCAUGGCCGUAUUCCUGGCCCUCUUCCUCGGACUAUCCCAAGUCAGCAAGCAGAGCACAAGUCAAAGGGCGACUCAUAGUUUCUGACAAAUACGCGAAGUCUAAAACGAGUUCUGCCAGAGACGCACUGGUAGGAUUGGCAAAGCCUGGAGCGGCGGGAUCGUGGCAAAAGGAGAGUAAGGGGUACCAGUUCUGGGUCCAAGCAGAUCAAGAUGGCAACUUUACAAUUAAACAUGUCCGUGCUGGAACCUACAGUCUGUUCGCAUUUGUGCCUUCUGUUAUCGGUGACUACAAGAAAUCAGGAGACAUCAAAGUUUCAGCAGGUGAAGAAAUAUCGCUGGGUACUCUUACUUAUGAGCCUCCACGAUUUGGACCUACAUCUUGGGAAAUCGGUACUCCCAGUCGAACAGCGGCUGAAUUCUACAUUCCGGACCCCAAUCCAAAAUACCCCAACAGUCUGUACGUCGAUACCGAAAAAUGGCGCAACUAUGGUCUAUGGGCAAGGUACUCGGAGCUUUAUCCAUCACAGGAUCUAGUCUACACGGUGGGGACGAGUGACUACAAAAAGGAUUGGUACUUUGCACACAACACAAGGCGACACUCUGAUGGGACUUACACAGCAACAAGAUGGCAGAUCAAGUUCGAGCUCUCAAGCUUUGACGAAAGCAAGGGCGCUUAUAAGCUUCGCAUGGCCAUCGCCCAGGCACAGGUUUCAGCUAUCCAGGUCCGUGUGAACGAUGUUUCAUCGAAGCCUGUGUACGAAACGCCGGCAUUUGGCAAAGACAACGCUAUUGCACGGCAUGGUAUUCAAGGGAUAUAUGUGCUCUAUAAUAUCGACAUUCCAGCGGCAGAUCUGAAGAAGGGAAGCAAUAGCAUCUACUUGACGCAAAGGAAAGCUUCAGGUCCAUACAAUGGGGUUAUGUACGACUAUCUGCGCCUGGAAGCACCACCAAGCUAA